UCAUCAUUCUCAUGUCAAUUCCCUGGAAUUAUUUUGAGGUUUUAUACAUCAAUGUAAGCUAAGUCUGGGAACCAUGCUCUUAGUACAUGGUGCAUCUUUGCAAUGUUCUAGUUCCUUUUGGCACUAUCACAAAUGAUUUGUAAUGUGGAUUCACUUAGGCUGAAGGAUGCUUGCUGACAGCUGUCUUUUUUCUCAUUCCCAUUUCUGGAUAACAGAGAUGCAUCCCGUCAAGAAAAAUACCAUUUGGUGAUUCUUCAUUACUAGAGUUUUCUAAAGAAGUAGAAGGAUAGGGGCCAGGAUUUAUCUCAGUGGCACUGCACCUGCCUUGCAAGUGCAAGGUCCUGAGCUUCAUCUCCUGUAACACAUAUUAAAGAAAAAAAGUAGAAGGAUGCUUUUCUAAUGCGAUGCAAUGAUAAGACAGAGGUGAGGAGAAGGGUAUACUUUACAACUGAACAAACAGUGGAGUAUGGGAAGCAGAACAGGGGUCCAAUUAGGGUAACUAAAUGGUUUAUAGUUUGACUUUAGAGCAUGCUCUGCUCACCAGUGCUCCCAGCCAGGAGGCCUGCACCAUGGUGUUUCUAUUCAUGAGGCCAGGGUUCCCACUCAAAAUAAAAAGUUCAAAACAGAAAGUUUGCAGUAUUCCAAGUCUGCAUAUAUCAAAAUAUAGCAUCAGGCAGGUGACAGCCCAGAUCUCUAGUCGUGUAGAUCUACUCAGAAAGUGACUACUAGAUUUUAAUUUUUUGUGAUUUUCCUAAGAUGAAUCCAAAAUCUUCUCUCCUCACUAAGGAGAAUACUUGUAAUGCCUCUUUCUCUGGAGGAUAGGGUGAAUGAGGAAUGGAAAUGCUACCUACAGUUUACAAUGAGUAGGACUCUGUUGUGCAAUGUGUUUGUAGUCACUUACUAGAAAGUGUUGCCCAACUAUGCGGGAGACAUCAUCAUCAUGUUCCUGGAGCUGUUGGGACAAUGGAAGAAGACCUUGCUGAAUUGUGGCCACAUAGUACCACAGGUGUGGACCACAAUUUGAGAGGGGGCUAGAAGUGGAUAAAGAGAUAAAGGAAGGCUAUUUUAUAGUACAAGCUCAAGAAGCUCCCUUGAGUUCAUCUAGUUCAAGCCCAAGACAUGAAGCUCUGAGAAGUUUAACAUCUUGAUCAACUGCUUGAUCUUAUUUCUAAUCCAGAGCUUCAUCUUCUACAUAAAAGAAAGAGGCUAGUGGGAGUGACCUGAAGAAAGUGUCAUGAGGCUGGUUUUGUUCUGUUGCGUAAUAAAAACAACACUUAAAGACUUACGGGCCUAAAUUAACCUGGAUUUCAACUAUCAGAGUUCUCUAUCGGAUCAUGUAUAUGGCUUGGGGAGAAGGCUAUCUGUUUUUAUCAAGGCAGUGUUCUAGGUACUUGGGAAUCACCAGUGAACAAAACACAGAUCCUGCCCAUGUGGACCUUGUAUGCCAGAGACAAUUGCAGCAUGACUUUCCCAUGGGCAUGAUUUUCAGCACAGAUGACUUUUUCUCCAGGGAAGAUGGUGCCUAUGAGUUCAAUCCUGACUUCUUGGAGGAAGCUCAUGAAUGGAACCAGAAAAGAGCAAGAAAAGCAAUGAGGAAUGGCAUAUCCCCCAUUAUUAUUGAUAAUACCAACCUCCACGCCUGGGAAAUGAAGCCCUAUGCAGUCAUGGCACUUGAAAAUAACUAUGAAGUUAUAUUCCGAGAACCUGACACUCGCUGGAAAUUCAACGUUCAAGAGUUAGCAAGAAGAAACAUUCAUGGAGUCCCAAGAGAAAAAAUACACCGAAUGAAAGAACGGUAUGAACAUAAUGUUACCUUUCACAGUGUACUUCAUGCAGAAAAACCAACCAGAAUGAACAGAAACCAGGACAGGAAUAAUGCAUCACCUUCCAAUGGUGCAGGAUAUUGGAAUUCCUAUGUAGAGUUUCCAAACCGGAGGGCUCAUGGUAGCUUUACAAAUGAGAGCUCCUUUAGCAGAAGGGGUGGUUGUCACCAUGGAUAUUAGAGGCCUAUCUUACAGCCAUUCAGAAUUUUCCUAAAUAAGUUUUUACUUCAAUUUUUGGUAUUUAUUAUUUGUUCAGUUUUAGCAGAGCUCUGAUUCCAGUGUAAAUAGUCAAACCCCAAAGUUUCUGAGCAGAGGUCACUAUAUUCAUUAUCAUCAAGAACUUGUUAAAAGUGCACCUGUGUGCAUGGUCUGAUGCUGGGCAUUCUGCAGAUUUGAUUAAAGUCUUUCUCUAGGGGAAGAAUUAAUUUGAAACUGAAAUCCAAGAUCAUAACCAAUUAGUCACAUAGGUUCAUACACGAAAGUAUUUGUUAUACUUACCUUUCAGUGCCAUUUUAUUAAUUCAUGUAUCUUUUUAAACACUUCAUCUCUACCAGGAAGUGAGAAAGGUAGGGGAGAAGCAAGAGGCAGAAAAUGUUUUUAGUGCCACUGCUACUUGAUCAUCUAUGUAUCCAAACAUAUGAGAUAUGUGACUAAUGAUACUGAUUUUCCUUUGAAACAGGCUAGAAAGUUUAUAGAUAAGGGAAUAUUGUUCUUCAAAGUGGACACUUUGGGAAGUUUCUUAUUUUAAUGAUUACUCUUAAAAUGUCUGUGGAACCUUGAUUGCUACACAAGUGAUUCAGGAAAAUCAGUGUCAUUAUUUGUAAUGCUUUGUUUAACUACUUUAUUCAACAGGAUUAAACCUAACUUUUGUCUGUUGUCUUAUUGUGUAAAUAAAAUUAACCUGCCUUCAUAAAACAUCAAUUUUAAGAGGAACAAUUAAGCAAUUUCUAAAAUCAUGCCUAUAAAUGUAAUUACUUGGCACCCAAUAUUUGGGAGUACAAGGAAUUAAGUAGCCCAGGAUAUAUAUAGAUCACAUGAGUAUGUAAAACCAAGCUCAUCAAAAGAUGAGCAGUCUGGAUGUUUUAUAUGGCAUCAUUUGAGACAAUAAAGUUCUUCCACAACUUUGGAAUGUCUCAUAUAGAUAAUAUGAAUCCAAAUUAAAUCCCAGCAAAGAUAAGAUUAAUUUGGUGUAAAACGAUGAUGGACAAGACCAUAGGAUGUAUGCUCGCUCUAUGUAUUGUUGGCCAACAGCUUCUACUGUUCUGUGAAUUAUUUUAAGUGUCUUAUAUAAUGGUGCUUUUAUGGUUAUUAAAAUUGUAUAUGGUAUCGCAUUUAUAUAGAUUUGUCAUUGAAUUUUUUUGGUUCAAUAAAUUUACCUAAAUCCCAACGAA